GUCAAUUGGAAUCACUGUGUGAGUUAUAUGUGGUGAAUAAUAAACUUACACAUAUAUCAAAAUCAAUUGGUCGACUAAAGAAUUUAGAAAUAUUGGAUCUAUCAGAAAAUUUACUUGUUGAAUUGCCGUUAUCAAUUGGUGAUUGUCAAAGCUUACGAGAACUUAGAUUACGGGGAAAUUCAUUAGAAACUUUACCAAUGACAUUGGGACGAUUAAAAAAUUUAAAUGUAUUCUACAUUGGUCAAUGGCCGAUGACCGAGUUCAAUAUAACACAAGAUGAGAAUCAUUAUGAGAAUUUAAAAAUGAAUCCAUAUCAACUUAAAAUUCCACUGUCUGUUGAACGAACAUUGUUAUGGAGAAUGCACGAUUCGAUACUAAAAAGAUUAAAAGAUAUAGAUCAUAUUGAUGGAAUUUCAGAGAGAUCUUUAAGAAGUCCAUCAGAUGAAAGUAAUAAUUCUCAAGACGGAGGAAGUCAUCCAGACCAAUCAACAAACUAUACCAGUCAGCCAAUACCAAGGGAUGAUGUGAUAUUAAAAAUGGCAGUUCUAAAAGGUGUUUAUGACCAAAUAAUGAAAGAUAUGCGCAAUUAUGACUACGAUAAAGAGUUAUGUGGGGACGACACGGCCGAAUUUCCUGAUAGUGUCAAAAAGAAAAAGUUUUCAAAGCUAAAGGACUUUAAAUUUUUAAAGAUCAAUGAUAACAGAUAG